AUGGAGAGCUGUAUCCGAUUCUGCCAAGGAAAUUCAGCGGAUAAUGUGUUAUUGGUCUAUCUCUUAUACCGCACAAGUAUCGUUUCAUCAAUGUUGCAUGGUAAUGAUAAUGCCAACUUUUGGCGCUUUCACUCGGGAACUGUCUCUUUGGCUUGUGCAAUGCGGCUGGAUGCCAUGUCCGAUUCAUCCAUACAAGAUCGCCUCAUAUCUAAGCAGUCGGAGCGUCGUCUGUUCACGGCCAUCUAUGUCCUGGAUAAGGCGGCUGCGUUCUUUGCUGGGAGAUCGCCGCUGUUGGCUUCGCACCGAGGCACUACGGCUUUGCCUUUGGACAUAUCAAACGCCAUUCUCGUACGCUGGGAGGCUGGCAACAGUGCAGAAUUUGACUCGCUAGGCAUCGACGACCAUACAAGUGGCAGAAUCUACCCCACAACCAGUCUUCGAGCAAGAGGGCUCAUAGCUCGCAUUCGAGAAGAUAUUUUGGCUAUAGCCUUAAACAUGAGGCAAAGAAACCCACUUGAAUUGAUGUGA